AUGGAUCAGCCACUCGCUUUCCACGGCACAAUCGCACACUGUCUGGACGAUGGCACGACCAAGAUUCUCCCCGACAGCCUCCUGGUUGUCGGCCAAGAUGGCCGAAUAUCUCACAUCAAGCACGGCAUACCCACCUCCUCCGCUCAGGACCUUCUCUCGCAACUGAAUCUCCCAGGAUCCCCGCCCACACUCCGUUUCCUCUCAGCAACCUCAUUCCUGAUCCCAGGCUUUGUCGACACGCACAACCACGCCCCACAAUGGGCGCAACGCGGGCUGGGCGGCGGGCUCCACAUCCUCGACUGGCUGGAGCGCGUGACGUUCCCGAACGAGGCGAAAUUCGCGGACCCGGAGUACGCACGAGCCAUCUACUCCUCUUGCGUCGACGGAUUCAUCAAGCAAGGCGUGACGACCUGCUCGUACUACGGCUCGCUCCACGGGCCGGCCACGAAGAUCCUGGCCGAGAUAUGCCUUGAGAAAGGGCAGCGAGCGCUCAUCGGGAAAUGCAACAUGAACCGCAGUGCGCCGGAUUACUACCGCGACAAGGACGCGGCGGAGUCGUUGAGAGUCACUCGGGAAGUCAUUGAUCACGUACGCGGGCUUGAUCCGGCGGGGGAGCUGAUCAGACCGAUUCUGACGCCGCGCUUUGCGAUCUGCUGCGAUGAAGAGCUGCUGACGGGUCUCGGGGCCCUCGCGGCGCAGAACCCGGAGCUGCCGAUCCAGACGCAUUUCAACGAGGCACAGCAGGAAAUCGACGCUACCCUGAGCCUGUUUCCGAGCUUUCAGAAUGAGGCCGAUCUCUACGAGCAUUAUGGGCUGCUGACGGACCGCAGUAUACUCGCUCAUUGCACCAUCAUGACUGACUAUGAGAUUGAGAAGCUUCGAGAGGCGGGCAGUGGCGUGGCUCACUGUCCUGUGUCAAACACGACGGUGGGAGGUGGGUUCAUGGCCGCGCCGAUCGCAAAGUUCCUCGAAAAGGGAAUCAAUGUCGGUCUGGGUACGGACAGCGGCGGAGGAUUCUCGUCCAGCAUCCUUGACGCAAUCCGCCAGGCGAUCAUUGUCUCGAACGCCAGGCAGGUCAUGACGGGCGAGUCCGCGCUCUCCGUCUGGCAGUGCUUUUUCCUCGCUACCUUGGGUGGUGCUAAAGUCUGCAGCCUGGAUGACAAGGUUGGAAACUUCCAAGUCGGCAAAGAGUUUGAUGGUCUUGUGCUCCAAACGGAAAUCGAUGGAGUCAUGACCAUGCUCGAAAAGUCAGACACUCUUGAAAUCAUCUUUGAAAAGUUUUUGAUCACGGCGGAUGAUCGCAAUAUCGCUGAGGUCUAUGUCAAAGGCCGUCAGGUCAAAGGCUCGGUGUGA